AUGGCUUUUGAUUUAGGAUUUGUUGUGGUAAUAGUAAGAUCUGACAUAGCUACUGGUGUACGGGGAAGAAAAACGUAUGUCAUACUUGGAUGUGAAAGAGGGGGAAAAUAUAGGAAAUACAAAGCUGAUGCAGUGGCUAGUGUAUACGGCACUCGUAAAUGUGAAUGUCCGUUUAGAUUAAAGGGUAAACCAUGUUCAGAUGGGGCCGGAUGGGUGUUGAAGGUGAUGUGUGGACAUCACAACCAUGAGUUGGCUGAAACUUUAGUGGGUCACCCUUAUGCUGGCAGGUUAAAUACGAGUGAGAAGUCAUUACUGGUUGAUAUGACAAAGAGUAAAGUUACACCUGCAAAUAUUUUAUUAACACUCAAACAAAAUAAUGAUCGAAAUGUCACAACGAUUAAACAAAUCUACAACGCAAGGCAUGCGUAUAAACGAUCAUUAAGAGGGUCUAGAACUGAACUACAACAACUUAUGAUGUUGUUGGAUCGGGAUAAGUACAUUCACUGGAGUAGGUGUGCUGAUGAUUCAAAGGUUGUUACUGACUUAUAUAGACUUCCGUUGCUUGAGAUUGUGGGUAUGACGUCUACAGGGUUAACCUUCUCAGCAGCAUUUGCUUUCUUGUCUACUGAAAGGCAGAGUAAUUUCACAUGGGCUUUGGAAAAGAUGAAAGGUUUAUUUUUAACAUCUGAGGGUGGUCCUAAAGUUAUUGUGACUGACCGAGACUUGGCUUUGAUGAAUGCCAUAUCAAGUGUAUUCCCUGAGUCAUAUCAAAUGUUAUGUCGGUUCCACAUCCUUAAAAAUGUUAAAGCUAAAUGCAAAAUGUUAGUUCAUUCUACUGAGGUUUGGGAAGUGUUGAUGGAUGCAUGGGAAAAUGUGAUGGAUUGUGCUGAUGAAAGCUUGUUUGCUGAGUAUGUGAAUGGUUUUGAAUACGCAAGCAGAUCAUGGCCUUUGUUCUUUGAAUAUGUUAAUCAGACUUGGAUUAUUCCGUACAGCACAUACUUUGUAAAGUUCUGGACGAACAAAGUAAUGCAUUUAGGGAACACAACCACAAAUAGGGCUGAAUCUGCUCAUUGGAGCCUGAAGAAAGUUCUGGGCAAUAGUAUGGGUGAUUUGUGUUCUUGUUGGGAUAAUAUUCAUAACGUCAUUAUCUUACAACACAACAAGAUUAAGGCGUCAUUUGAAAGUAGUUUGUUGCUCAGGAGUGACUAUUUUAAAGGCUACAUAUAUAGAGAACUUAUUGGGCGUGUGUCUCGAUAUGCAUUGGAUCUCAUUGCUAAGGAAUUGAAAAUAGUGCAGCAGAUAGGAUUGGACUCCUCAAAGUGUGGAUGCGUAUUGAGACGUACAUUUGGUGUCCCAUGUGCAUGUGAAUUAGCACGAUAUGAUCCUAGGAUGAUCCCUAUAGAUGAGUUGAAACAAGUAGAAGAACGAUUCAAUGAGGUUGAUAUUGGCGGUAAAGUCACCAUCAAGCAGAAGUUACUUGAGAUUGUUUGUCCUACAUUGACAUCAAUGGUCCCUCCAUUACAUAAAGUCAAGACAAAGGGUGCACAAAAAAGUAAAGUUAAACGAAGUGAAAGGUCUACUAUGCGGGAUCCAUCAUAUUUUGAGUAUGUGGACGCCUUUCAUUCAACCAUAGAAUCUUCAUCUGUGAGAAGUAAAUUACAAUCAAAGCCAAAAGCAAUGAAGAAAAGGAGAGUUCCAAUGAUAGACCAGUUUCAUUCUACUACUCACCCCUUCAUUGUGGACGUUGUUGAUGUUGUGGUUGAUGGUCACUGUGGGUAUAGAUGCAUUGCUGCGUUGUUGGGACUCGGAGAAGAUUCAUGGCCCGUUGUGAGGAAUGAGUUGUACAAAGAACUCAGUGCAUGGCGUGAUGAAUAUGCAAGCCUAGUAGGAGGCUAUGAUAGACUAGAAGAACUGAGGUCCUCUUUGUUGGUGCAGUCACUGUCCGCGGCUAACACGACCAAGUGGAUGACAUUACCAGACAUUGGUUAUGCAAUUGCUAACCGAUAUAACGUUAUCUUAGUGUGUUUGUCAUACUCUCAAAAUUAUACUAUCUUUCCACUACGUUCCACACCACCUUCUGAUAUCACUCAACAUCGCUUAAUUUGUAUAGGACAUGUUCAUGGAUGUCAUUUUGUGCAGGUUAAGCUACAAGAAGGUUGUCCGUUGCCCACGGUGAAUAUCAUGUCCUCAACCCACUGUUAUCCUGAGGCACGAGCGUGGACAUCUAUUUAUACUAGUAGGAUGCACGCAUUUGAACAGUUGAUGGACAUAACAACAUCUUAUGUUGACUUAGGUGAUUCAUGA